CGUAGCAAAUUACUUGGAGCUGUUUAUAAUUUUGAAUUUUGUAUUUAGUUUUUUUUUGGUGGAAAUGCCGCUUGGUGCAGUCGACGAAGUGCAAAAUCAAAAUUAAGGCAAAGCGAAUUUUAAGAAAUGAAUGCAUUGGUGUGUGUGCUGGUCACACUGCCCAAAGAGGAGCAGCCAGAGCAGCAGCAGCAGUCAGAGCAGGAGGAUGAGUCAGCACUAACGCUGCAGCAAUUGCUGCAACGCAAGGCGCAGCAGCUGGGGGUGGAGCAAGUGUUCUGGACACAAGAUCUGAGCGGGCAGCAGCUGCAGGCGCGUCUCGAGCUGCGGCAGGACGAACGCUACGAGCGGCUGCUGGCAGCGCUGGCGGCUUGGGGCAUUGGCGAGCGUCUGGGCACGCAGUUGACUCUGCUCAGCUGCAUGGAGACGCAGCAGCCGAAGCAGCAGCAGCAAGAGCAAGCGCAAGCGCCAGCAUCUUCGGCUGGCAGCUGGCAAAGCUUCAUGGACUCGGUGCGCUGUCGCCUGAAUGUGAAUCAAGUGGUGCGUGUGGUGCGACGCGAUGCGACCAUCAAUUUUGACUUUGCCGUGCUGCUGAUGGCGGCAGCGCUGCUCUCGUGCAUUGGACUGCUCGAGAAUAGUUUUCUGUUCCUCUCCAGCUCGAUGCUCAUCUCGCCGCUGAUGGGGCCCAUAAUUGCGGCAAUCUUUGGACAUGUCGUUGGGGACACGCAGCUGCGCUGGCUGGGGAUACGCAAUGAGCUGAUUGGGAUUGGGAUUGCGCUGGGCACGGGAUUCGUGUGCGGUGGCGCCAUCUGUUGUUGGCGCGGCCUGGCGCGUUACUUUGUGCUGAGCGCUGGACUGACCGAGGAGAUGUUCACGCGCUGCGAGACGCACUCGCUGGCCAUUGGACUGGGCACGGCGCUGGCGUCGGGCGCGGCGGCGGCCAUUGGCGUGCUGGGCGGCAAUACGGGCUCGCUGGUGGGCGUGGCCAUUUCGGCGUCGCUGCUGCCGCCGGCGGUGAACGCGGGACUGCUGUGGGCGCUGGCGCUGGGCACGCUGCUGCUGCAGCUGGAUGAGCAGCUGCUGGUGGCGCUUUCCAAGCGUCGCAUCUACUCGCCCCAGCUGCCGGUCGAGCUCUUCCUCUGCGCUGUGGUCAGCAUGGCGCUGGCGCUGCUCAACAUUCUGUGCGUCUGGCUGAUGGGCGUGGUCGUGCUGCGCAUCAAGGAGGUGGCGCCGGCCAUGCAGCGGGACGAGCAAUUCUGGCGGCAUGAUGUGCGCCUGGCUCGCCAGGUGGCGCUGCGUGAUCCGCAGCUGCAGUGCGCCAUCGAUCGCUUGGAUGUUGAUCAGCAGCAGGAGCAGCAGGUGCCGGAUGCGCCGCAUUAUCAUCACACCUGGUCGCCGGGCGUGCGGCCGAUAAUUCCAACCACGCCCACGCCCACGCCCACUGCCAAGCAGCACACACAAGGGCCAAGCAGCUAUCACACUGUGCAUGGAUUUCAAAACUUUUGCCUCACGCUGCAUCAACUGAAUCGAAGCACGCCCACAACUCCAGCAGCAGCAGCAGCAGCGUCGCCGCCGCCAGCAUCGCCGCCUUUGCCAAGUUUCCUUGAAAUCUUUGGUGGUCCGCUGCCCACGCCGCAGCGCAGUCUGCCCGACGUACGUCAAGUUCACUUUCCGCAGUCGACGUCGACGUCGCAGCUGCCAGAUCGUCAGCUGCAGCUGCUGCCCAGCAGAGCAAACCAAGAGCAGCAGCAGCAGCAACAAUUGGAGCUGGAGCAGGAGCAACUGCAGCAAGAGUUCAAUGUCUAGCAAUCUCACUUGGCCAAGUCAACACUCUUGGCUUUCACUCUUCCUCUUCCCACUACCUUUGGCAAUUUGCUCCUGUUUGCCAAGCACUCGUCGCUGCUUUGGAGUGGAGGCGCCUCCACUGACGUUGCGCAAACAUUUUGUUGUUGGUUUUCAAUUUAAACCCAAGUGCAACUCUAAUCAACCAGCCAGCCAGCCACUCUACCUCUCUCUUUCACUCACUCUCUCUAUCUUUGUUUUGC